GAAGGUCUCGCAGCUCAGAACUUGGCGAAAUACCGUCAACUUCAACAUGCCCUGGAAGAUGCCGAGGAACGAGCUGAUGCUGCCGAAAAUGCAUUGGCUAAGAUGCGACUGAAGAACAGGAGUGGAUCUUAUAGAUCAUUAGCCCAUUCCGCAUCGUCCAGUGCCGUGCACAUGCGAAGUGGAUCACGAAGUCGAGUCCUUGAAGAUGGUGUUGAUGAGUAG